AUGUCCUCUAAGAAUGAAAAAAUGACUAUUGGUAAUUAUUUGCUUCGACGUUUAAAAUCAUUGGAUGUUGACAUUAUAUUUGGAGUACCCGGUGAUUAUAAUUUGCCAUUCCUUGAUCAAAUUGAAGACUUUGAUGGUAUUCAGUGGGGUAAUAAUUGUAAUGAAUUGAAUGCAUCGUAUGCAGCUGAUGGUUACGCACGUAUUCGUGGCAUUGGAGUUCUUGUAACAACAUUUGGUGUUGGUGAGUUAUCAGCUAUCA